CAGUGAACUGUCCUUUUUGCUUUGGCGGCCACUCCCUCCGCAAAGAUUUCGUCCAUCCCUCCACUUCAUUUCAUUUCAUUGCUCUCCAACACCUUCGCCUCCACCCGCUACAGAAACCCUAGAUAUUCUCCACUUCCUCCGUAUUCCCCGCUCUCGGUUCACAUAGUUCUCGAAUCUUUGAGCUUCUUGAUACGAUUCCUUUCUCCAUCUCCGAGCGCGGAGGUCGCCCGACGAUGGAGGUUUCACUGACGAGUACCGCCGCCGCCGCGACCAAGCAAGUAGAACAGCAGCAGCAGUUCGCUUUGGCGUCCCUGACUGACCUUGCUUCUUGCUGUUCUUCUUCUUCUUAUGUAGCUUCCGCGUCGUCGUCUUCGCCGGCAGUUGCGACUUUCUCCGCCGAUGACGGGGUCGCCGAGCUGCGAUUCCGCCGAGAGUCCGAUUCCGACGGCGGCGGCGUUGUCAAUGUCGAUCUCACUACAGCUCAGUUAUGGAAGCUGGGUCCGACGCAGACGGUUUGCAUAUUCGGUGGUUCGGAUUGUGAUUCCAAUGAAGAGAAAUAUUCCAAGGGAGUCACUGUUCAGUUUAGAAAUGAGGAGGAAAGCAGGAUCUUCCAUUGUGCAUUUGAGCAAUGGAAAAAGAAAGGAAUCAUUACUCAAGGAGAAUCUUUGCCUAAUGGAACAUUGAGUAGUAAAAGCAAGUUUGAUGACAAGAUAGAGCCUUCAUCAGCCAAAAUGUAUUUCCAUUAUUAUGGCCAGUUACUACACCAGCAAAAUAUGCUCCAGGACUAUGUCAGGACAGGAACCUAUUAUGCUGCAGUCAUGGAGAAUCGUGCAGAUUUUUUUGGUCGUGUGGUGGUGGAUGUUGGCGCUGGUAGUGGUAUCUUGUCAUUAUUUGCAGCUCAGGCUGGGGCAAAGCAUGUCUAUGCUAUUGAAGCAUCUGAGAUGGCAGACUACGCCACAAAGCUUAUUGCUGGCAAUCCAGCACUCGGUGAAAGGAUCACGGUAAUAAAGGGUAAAGUUGAGGAAGUUGAGUUGCCAGAGAAAGCUGAUAUUUUGAUCUCUGAACCAAUGGGUACUUGUCAUCCACUUUGGCCGUUCUUUCUAAUCAUGAAUAUUUCUCUACAGUUGUUUGCUGAUUAUUAUUGCCUUACAUGUUCUGCAUUUUCUUUAAUUUUGUGGAUAUGGCAUGUAGGAACCCUGCUGGUGAAUGAAAGAAUGUUGGAGUCCUAUGUAAUUGCAAGAGAUCGGUUUCUUGCUCCCACUGGAAAAAUGUUUCCAUCUGUUGGAAGGAUACAUAUGGCUCCUUUCAGCGAUGAGUAUUUGUUUGUUGAAGUUGCUAAUAAGGCCCUUUUUUGGCAGCAGAAGAACUACUUUGGUGUUGAUUUAACAUCACUGCACGGAUCCGCAUUCCAGGGUUACUUUACUCAGCCUGUUGUAGAUGCUUUUGAUCCAAGGCUAUUAGUAGCUCCCGCAACAUAUCAUGUACUAGACUUCACUAAGAUGAAGGAAGAGGAUUUGUACGAAUUAUAUAUCCCCUUGAAAUUCACAGCCUCUGUUGGCACUAGAGUGCAUGGACUGGCUUGUUGGUUUGAUGUAUUAUUUAAUGGAAGUACCGUGCAAAGGUGGCUUACAACUGCCCCUGGUGCUCCGACGACCCACUGGUAUCAGCUGCGCUGCGUCCUGUCUCAGCCACUCUAUGUGAUGGCAGGGCAAGAGAUUACCGGCAGUCUUAGGUUAGUUGCACACAGUGCUCAGAGUUACACCAUCCACCUCACAUUGUCAGCGAAAAUGUGGGGGGUGGGUGCUGAACAAGGCGGAAUACUGCAGACUUCGUCAUGCAAACUUGAUCUGAAAGAGCCAUACUACAGAAUGUCCCAACCAUACGCCAUGCCACAGGAUCAACAACCUCAUCAAUUGGUACCUACACAGGAUGUACACAUUCAAGCAGAUGACUUAGAUGAUACAGAUUUGAUACAGCCAUUGCAAAAUCUGGAAGCUCAGCUCCCGUAAUAGGCUCGGCUCUGUGUGACAAUAACGUAGAUUGUGUUCUUCUGUAACAUAGAAUUUGUAACCUACUGGCUAUGGAAGGCCAAGGUUUCCCCUCAGAGUAAUUCAUUUACUACCAUUUCUCCAAAAAAUUUAUGAGGUGAUUCGCUUUGUUGUGUUUCCAGUUGAGCUCAUGAGGUAUGUAGAAUAAUGGAAUCCUGUUUUGCCCUAAGUUUUGGUUCUCGAACCGCAUUUGUUGAAAAGUAAGAAAAAAUUGUGAGAUUGCAUCUGUAUUGGUGAAAGAGAGAUACUUAUUA